AUGACGCCAUCAGAGCAUAUCGAGACUUUGGGCCAGCUCCAGACCGAAGCUCGAAACUCGGUAGCGCACAAAAUCGACUUUCUCGACACUCUAGGACUUUGCACUGCUUUCAAUCAGGAGGAAGAGCAAGUAGCGGGCUCGGUUGCGUGCUGUCUGCCUAUAAUUGCAUCACUAAUCGAUGAUCUGGUAGUCCGGCUCAAAGUCGGAGGCAGACUCAUAUAUGUCGGUGCAGGGAAUAGUGGCCGAGUAGGCUUUAUGGACAGCAGCGAGCUGCCGGUCACUUUCUCUGCGGAUCCCAGUCAGUUUCUGGCUGUUGUUGCCGGUGGGACUGAAGCUAUUAUCCAGGCUCGAGAAGGUGCCGAGGAUUCUGAGACUGACGGGGUUGCCAAACUUGAGGCGCUACAACUGACGUCCAAAGACACAGUCAUAGGCAUCUCUGCGUCAGGAAGAACACCAUUUGUUCUUGGUGCACUCAAGGUGGCUCUAAGAAGAGAUGCACUUACCGCUGGAAUUACCAACGCACAGCCGUCCAGUAUUGAUGACCUUGGAGUCAAAUAUACCAUAUGUGCCUUGGUAGGACCCGAGUUCCUUGCUGGCAGCACUCGCCUAAAAGCAGGUGGUGCUGCCAAGCAAAUUCUCAACAUGAUCAGCACAUGCACUAUGGUAAAACUUGGAAAGACUUAUAAGGGUCUCAUGAUUGAUGUCCGAGUGAAAAAUGACAAGCUCAAGGCUCGAGCAAGAAGAAUUGUGCGCCAGGUUUGCGAAGGAACCCCAAUACACGUUCUGGACGACACAAAUGGAACACAAUCAACAAGAGUUCUCAAAAAUUCAGAGACAAGUGAAGCCGACCCUGCUCUCGAUCAACUUAUAGAGCAGUGCGGGGGGAGCGUCAAACUAGCCUGUGCUGUAGCUACUUCUGGUCUGAAUCCAGAUCUCGCUAGGCAUCAGUUGCAAUUAGCAAAUGAUAAGUUUCACAUAUUUGUUGAGAGACUGAGAAAUCAGGCCUCUCCACAAGGUUUAUACACCCCUAAAAAUUCCGAAUACUUUCUUUGUGUCGAUGGUGGCGGAACAAAAUGCACGGUAUCCAUUGCCACACGGUCCAAAGUCGUGGGAAAAGGGACAGCAGGCGCUUGUAAUUUUAACUGUGUCACUUUAGAGGACAUUCUUACUCAAAUAAAAUUAGCUACAUACCAAUCCUGGUCGUGUGUGUCCAAAACAUACGGCCUAGGUAUGGCCGACAUCCCCAGGUUUACACGGGUCUGGGUAGGACUUGCUGGACUGUACCAUGCUGCCGACCAGGUUGAAACAUUAAUACAACGUCUAGAAGAGCUUUUUGGAGUUUCUUUCCACCAUGGUACCUUACGCCUCACAAGCGACGAUAUGCUGCUUAGUUCAGGAAUCGUCACAGAUAACUCGGUUGAAACUGGUGUCUCGGUAAUUGCAGGAACUGGAUCUGUGGCUACCGCGUUCAAAAGGGAUUCUAGAGGCGAAAUUAUCCAGUUAGGUCGGACAGGAGGAUGGGGGUAUCUCUUGGGUGACCACGGCAGUGCAUUUGAUAUUGGAAAAAGAGCACUGCAAACUGUGUUGGCUGGUAUAGAGCAGAGCCAAUUUGACGAUGCGCGGAAGACCAGUGAACUUGAAUCUCGAAUUCUAGCUAGACUCAACUGUACCAAGAGAGAAGUUCUCUCAAAUGUCUUUGGAGCCGGGUCACAACCGAAACGUCAAAUUAGUGACCUUGCGAAUGUUGUUACUGCCUUGGGAUUUAGAAAAGAUAAUCCUGACUCCCAGGCUCUCGCCAUCCUGAAAUCGGCAGCCGGGUCCCUGAUUGACCUUAUCAAGCCGUUGUGUAAGGCUGGAUUAUGUGAUCCCAGUAGAAGCGCGCUUAUCUUGUCAGGGGCUUUGAUGGGACUUUCAUCCUAUCAGGACCUGAUCCUAAAGAAUUGGAGCGAGCAGCAACUAGAGCCGUUCAAAAAGGUCGUGGUAGUGGACGAUGUGUCAAGCUAUGCGGCGCAAAUUCUAGCAAAGCAAUCUGUAGCUGUGCAGGAGUGA